AAGUAGCUAUAACUUAAUCAAAUAAUCAAUUUGAAUUAUUGAAAACAAGUAAAAUAUUUGAGAAUGAUUUACUAAUCAGGACAGGCGGUAAAAAACGUAGAUGUCUUGUACAGUGUUAAAAAUAAGGGAAGCCGUUAAAGUUCUUAUCGCCCUAUCGCUGGUUCUGUGGAUGUAUUUAGUGUAUCUUUGGAUAAAUCGAUCCCACACCUAUUGGUCAAGAAAAGGAGUUUAUCAGCUCCCUCCUCACUGGCUGUUGGGUAACGUGAGAGACUUAAAUCUGGGAAAGAUUUCGUCUAAGGAGUACAGCAAAUAUGUAUACAGGGAGAUGCAAAACAGAGGUGUGACGCUUCUAGGAAUUUACAACUUCUACGAGCCUCUGUUGGUGGUAAAGGACAUCGACUUGAUGAGACGGAUUCUCCACACCGAUUUCGAAUACUUUUCGGAUCGAGGUUCGUUCUGCAAUGAGAAAGUCGAGCCGCACUCCGGACAUGUUGCCAAUGUGACGGGAGAUCGUUGGAAAUAUCUAAGGAGACUUUUGAGAGUUGUUUUCUCCUCCGCACAAAUGGCAACCAUAUUCGAGUUGGUAAACCGCUGCAGCUGUAAGCUGGUGACGCAGUUGCAACAUUACUCUGACGCAAACAAAGCCGUUAACGUUCAGGACGUUUUGGCUCGAUUUACCACGGACGUAAUCGGGAACGUCAUCCUCGGGAUGGAGUGCGAUACGAUAGGCAACUUUAAUUUGGACAUCCUGAGUAACGGGAAAAAAAUGACCAAAAGGUCGACUUGGAAUCGGAUAAUCAGGGACCUUGUCCCGAGGUUUCCCAAAAGCCUGGUAAACGCGCUGCAUCUCAGGCUGAGCAACAGGGAAGCAGUCGAGUUUUUCCAAAAAUUAACCCAAGAAAAUAUAGGCCGCAGGGAACGUUGCGGCACUUCAAGGGAAGACAUUUUGGAGGUACUGUUGGAGCUCAGGAAUAAAGCAAGCGAAAGUCAAGAAUACGGAAACGGGAUGUCCAACGACACCUUCCGGUUCACUUCGGAGGACGUCGUGUCGCACAUGAUGUUGUUCUAUGGGGCGGGGUUCGAAACGUCGGCGGCCGUGUCCGCUUUCACGUUGUACGAACUGGCAAAGAAUCGGGACGUCCAGAGUAAAUUAAGGAACGAAAUCGACUGCGCGUUAGCGGGCAACGACCAAUACAAUUACGACUUGGUAGACGGUAUCGGGUACCUCGAUAAUUGUAUUAACGAGGCUAUGCGCAGACAUUCCGCUGCCACGACGUUCCUCAGAAGGAGGUGCGUCAAAAAUUACGCCGUCAAGGAUUCGAACCUGGUGAUCGAAAGAGGUACGCGCGUUUGGUUUCCGAUGUCGGGAUUCGGGGCCGACCCGGAAUAUUUCCCCGAUCCGGACAGGUACGACCCGGAACGCUUCAACAGCGAGAACAGGAAGAACAGACCUAAUGUCGUGUUUUUACCUUUCGGGGACGGGAGGCGCAAGUGCAUAGGUUUCCGUUUCGGACUGCUCCAAGUGAAAGUAGGCAUAUUGGAGAUCAUAAGAAACUUUGAACUAUCCCUCCGAUCCAGUAGCUCGGCGACUCUGGAACACGCGACGGAAACGUUCGUCCCUUCACCCAAAGAUGGCGUAUGGGUUCAUUUGAAGAGGCUCAAUAACAACUGCUGAUAUAACAACGUGCUGUGUGCGUGUGGCGUAUGUUUUCGUAUUUCUAGACUGAUUUGUAUUAUUCUAGUGCCAUUCCGUCCUUUACAUAAAUAUUAUCAGUUAUUCUUUAGAAAUGUUUGCUAGUCCUAAAUUAAGCGCUUUGUGAAAUUAAUUAAAUAUUCUAUUUUACCGCAGCUGGAGUGAGAGCUAGAUAUCACAGAUUACAAAUAAUAAUUUUUGUACCUGUCUAUGGAAAACAAUCACUAAUUUCGAUGGUACGCCCAAAAAAUGCAAUUGUUUUAUUAUCUCCUUCAAAUAAUAGUCAAUUUGCGAUACAAUUGGUUCUUGAGAACCGGCAUUCGGUGCAAUUGUUCCUUAAUAAACAAACUACGACUUUAAAUACGGCAUAAAGCAUGAAGCAAGUUUAGGAAAAUAAACAAAGGAAAUGAAUCCGCGACAAGCAAAGAAUCGAUUUCCUAGAAUUGCCUUAUGCCUAUAAC